GCUCGGGCACCUGCAUGCUUUACUUUGAAAGCUUUGAGCUUCCCAUCCAUCUCGACGUCUGAGUACUCUCCACACUACAUCCUUCUUCCGACGAGCGAAUUGACUCAAUCCCAUAUGAAAUGAGUGCACUUGACUUGCAGGAAGUCCAUGACUUCCUUAUUGGCAUCGCCGCGAAAGCCGGCGAUAUGAUCACCUCGGCGAACCCAACUGCAGCGGGCUCCGGCACGAAAAAGAACUCUGCCGACCUCGUCACCGAGACCGACCAGGCAGUAGAGAAGAUGGUUAGCGCGAGCUUGAGGCAGCGGUUCCCAGCCUUUGACUUCAUGGGUGAGGAAACCUACAAGCCUGGCGACAGAUUGACAGACAAGCCAACAUUCAUCGUGGACCCAAUCGAUGGUACAACAAACUUCUUCCAUGGACACCCUUAUCUGUGUGUCUCGCUUGGUUUGGCCGUCAAUCAGGAGCCGGUGGUUGGCGUUAUUUACAACCCUUUCACCAGGACUCUUUACAGCGGGAUCAAAGGCAAAGGGUCUUUCUUGACCGACGCUCUACAUGACCAUGUCCGGCUGCCACUCAAGGAGCCCGAGCCGAUGAAGGACUUGAGCCACUGUUUAGUGACGGUCGAAUGGGGUAGUGACCGCGAUGGCAACGACUACGACGUCAAGGUCGCCACUUUCCGCAAGCUCUGUGCCAGUAAGGAAACUAAUGGGGCCAUGGUUCAUGGCAUUCGCAGCUUAGGGAGUGCGGAGCUAAACCUGUGUGCAGUUGCAGCGGGGCACCUGGAUGUGUAUUGGGAGACUGGGUGCUGGGCGUGGGAUGUCUGUGCGGGAUGGGUCAUCUUGGAGGAAGCGGGCGGGAAGAUGGUUGGCGCGCACCAGGGCGAUUGGGAGCCGAAAGUGGACCAGCGUCGGUAUAUGGCUGUGCGUGCUGGUGAGGGCCAGAAGGCCAUUAUAGAAGAGUUCUGGGGUUGCGUGGAAGGGAGGAUUGAGGUUGGCUACGAUGCGGUGACAUGAGCGUACAUAGACAACCUGUUAUAGAGAUAGAGCAUCGAAAGUCUUUCUUCUCAUGCCUCACAAACACUUCUCCCGUUUCUGCCAGAUGUCGAGCCUGCGUGACUGACACGACUCGCGGCAUUCGGGCAGCUAGUUGAGGAGAUUUAGAAAAGCAAAAAACCAUGCAGGACAAACUCCCUUUCACAGCCUACUCAUUUCCCGAUCGCUUCAGGAUUUUACUAGAAUCUUACGCGCACU